AUGAGCCCGCGUAAGAAGAAUGCCAGUAAAGCAAGUCCUUCGAAGCAAUCUACUAUCAAUAGUUUCUUUCGAUCUAAACCUAAGCAUGCACCUACUUCGACUCGGCCCAAGCGUCUCGCUCAAUCGAGCCUUGCCGCCCGACCGCUGAGAUCGAAUCGGUCACCUGAUUUGGAGAUUCUUGACUUGACCCAAAGCACAAGCCCGGCGAAAGAAUCCGAUUCGCCACCGAGCGCAAAGAAACGAAAACUGAAAGCUACGUCACCAGAUCGGUCGCCCAUUCGUGGCGUAAGACAAAGCCCUUUCCCGCCAGAUUCCAGCCGGUCACCUUCACCUACUUCGUAUAUCUCUGGGAAAGCUAUGGAGUCUGGACCUGGAAGCAGUGCUCAACGUGCACUUGCCUCACCUGCACCCUCCCAGACUGGAAGUUCUCGGGAUAUGCUCGAAUUUGACCCUGACGAAACUAUUGAGUCCUCCCAAACCCAAUAUCUGCACCUUGUGUUCACGCCUUCGUCUCAACGUGUCGCUCCUAUGGACCCGGGUCAUGUUCCUACACCAGUGUUCACGCCCACUUCCACUCGAAGUAAGAAGAUCUACGGGUCACCAUCUGUACGAAAGACUAUAGAGACUGCACAAGCUAUCGGAGAGAGUCAGUCUACACCUUGCAUCCCAAGUAGCCAAGGAGAGGUUUACCAACCUUCCACUCCAAGAAAGUACAGCGGGACUGUGUUCGGCUGCGCCCGGACCAGUGCUCCCAAUGCAGAAGCUUCCAGAGCCAUUAAUAGUCCAACCGAUAUACCCACAGCGACCACGGAGCCUACGAUUCAUCCUGCUUCGGCUAAGACACCUACCAAGAACCACUUAGCAAGGUCGAACCUGUUUACACCUAAUUUUUCAAGCCCUCGACCGAUACCUACUCCUCUGUAUUCAUCCAACCUCAUGUCAAGCAGUGAUCCCUCUAUUGAGGCGACCGAGCUAGGAACAGUAGAAUCGCCCCCGAAGCCUCCCCGAAAUACCACCACGAUUACUGGCUUACUUCCUCAUGCCCCUUUAUCGCGACUUCCCGGCCAAAACACCCCCCUUAAACGCCAAAGAGCGAUUACUCCACUCUUACCGAUACAUAAUAUUAAUCCUAAUCCUCCUCGGACCCCUAGUCGCGCUACCCAGUGUAUUCUCCCGCCUUCUCCCACCGAAUUCCCCUCUCCAAGGAAGCUCAUGUCGUCGCUAGGUUUUGAGCCAUCUCGUAAUACCAGUGACGCUAAACAGCCUACUUUAGCCAAGGUUUUCUCGGAUCCCCCAAAUUCCGACAGUGUAGUCCCUAGCCACGAUGUACUCGAGGCUGCCCACUCUCAGCUUCAAGAAAAUGGGCGCCCAAAUCGAAGUCGGUCGUCAUCUUUGACAAUUAUUCCGUCAUCUCAGCCACUUCAUGAUUCAUCACCGCCGCCUGUCCUUCAACCAACUCCCUAUACCAGCCCAACAAUCAGAAGUAUUCCUCAGCUAUUCGAAUUAUUCUACUGUGCAGACGACUAUUCCCCAGUGACUUCAUCUCAAUCACUUCCUCCUUCACAAUCACCUAUCAAAGGCGGUCAAUUGAUCCAAACCAAUCUGCUGCUGGAAUGCGAGGCUGAAGUGCACCGAGACUCGCCUGACGAAGAGAUGGGAACGCAUACACCUAUCGUAUAUGACCUUCCACCAUCAUCCCCUCCCCCACAAACUCCGACACGUCGUGGAUCAAGGGCAUCAAGCCCGGACUUAUCCCUUAUCCCGGUCAGCGGUCAAAAGGGAAAGGCCAAAUCUCGCAUAGGGAAGACACCCAUUCGCGAUUCACCAUUAAUCCAUGCUUUUGAGGCAGCAAAGAAACGAAGUAAAACAGCGACUCCUGUUGUACGUCGGUCAGCACCGAAAGCUAGCCAGAUUCCUUCGAGUCCCAUAGGUCGCGCAUGCGUAGAGAACAUGGAAUUAGACUCGAGCCCCAUUCGGGCUUUAUCGUCUGGCGACGAGCAAUCUCCACCCAAGAUUAGUAAAUCCAACGCAGGUUUGCGUACUCUCGAUUCGGCCGGAAUACCGCAGAAAUCGUCCCAGACUGCUCAACAGAACAGUAGCAGAAACAUCCGACCGAUUAAAGCAUCUACGAGUACCCAGCGCCGGAAGUCAAUAGAGCAGGAUAUGGUGGAUAGCAGUGACGCCGAUGAGAUGGACAUCGACAUCCGGCCUUCCCCAGCUCUUCCUGCCUCAACCGAGCGACAGCAGACGGAAUCGUUCCUCAGCACGGAUUACGGAAGAUUCGAAAGGCCGAGAGCAUACGCCUCAGACGCCCGCACGCCACGAACGUCUUCCCAGCUCCGUCUCCCCGAGCAACCGGUCUUGAGUCCACCUAUACCAGAGAACACCCAAACACAAGAAGAAUGCGAGACCCCAUGGGAAUCGCUACGGCCCUCCCAGUCCGUUAGCCAAGUCUACGAGCGCCAACUGAUUGAAGAGGCCGAAAGAGCGAGACGGUUAAGAAUGGGGCAGAAUGCACAAAAGCAAAAUGCCAAGGUUUUGGUGGAAGAGUCUCCAGACGUUGAGCAAGAAGACGAAACCGGGGAGCUGGAAGGCACCGAGUCUGAGGAGCAGUCGGAAAGCCAGGAUCAAGAACCCGCUCGUCCAGUGACAAUCUCACUGGAACCUCAAUCACCCACCAACGUACCCAACGAGCUGUCUCGCCGACCCCUACCACACUGGUUCUCAACGCCCAAAUCUCAACGUGCAGAGCAGCAACACUACGUUGUGACUCCGACAAAGGUCAUGCGGCGAACGCCUGCGAGACCGACUCCAAGCCGUAAAUCGAUGACGCCGUCAUCAAUGAUGGGGGAGGACGACCCCAAUGAGGAUUACACCUAUAUAGAAGAGACGUUCAAUCCUACCGAGUCGCAGCAAAGCUUCUUAAACCGAAUACUUCUGGGAGAUGCUCUCGUUUCGGAAAGCUGGAUUACAGGUCGAGAACUCGAGGACCAUGGUCUCGAAGGGCGUAUGCGCUCACGGGCUACUAGGAAACCUCGUUCACCGCGUGCUCCUCGUUUAUCCGCCCCUGCAGUAGAUCCGUGGCUAGGUGGCCAAAACAACGUAGCCACAGAUGUCGUCACCAACAAUUCACCCCUAACCAACGCGAACAAAAUCAAAAAUAGGAGAAACAGGGGUAAUUCAGCACAGGAUACCUCUAACAAUUCACCACAACGGAACACAGGAGCCUCUCAACCUACUCAGUCGCAGUCACAAUCGCAGGGACGUAAUCGUAAUCGUAAUCGAAACCGAAAUCGUGGUCGACAGAAAGGUCGGAACGAGAUGUCCCAAAAUGGAGCUAUAGCUGGUCUAGAGACAUCGUAUAGCAAUCCUGAAGCCUCUCGCAGCCGCCAGAAUGGUCCAAAUAACCGAGACGGUCGGCGCCAGAACCAAUCUAAUUCCGGAGCCUCGAAUAAUUUAACUAUCGACCCGGUUACUGGAGAAGUUAUUAGCAGACGUGCGGCUAAACGUCGACAGGCCAAGGCUAGGAAAGCUGCGGCUGUUGCUCGCGAGGAAACGGUAGAGCAGACGAGAGCCCAGCAACAACCCAGAGUUCAAACUCAACCCCCUAGCGCUCCUUCCACUUCAGCUAGUCGGACUGCAAACUAUGGCAUUCCUCCAGUGAGUGCACCGGGCUCAUCUGCAUCCGUAUAUACGACCCCUACUCUCUCGAGGUCUUCAAAGAGCGGUACCAGUAACCACCCAAGUCCCCGAAGCGCCAUUGCGACCAAUACCAUUCAGCGGGUGGCUCACCCUACGUCUUGUGUGUCUUCCAAUCGUGAGCUAGGUGCCACAGCUCCUCUCAGGAUCGGAGCUCGACCUCGUUGGACAAACUCCCUUGAUGAACGUGCAUCACGAACUACGCAACCUAUCACCUCUACCACCAGUGCCAAUAAUACCACACUACCUUCUACGGCUCCAUCUUGGCGCUCCAUUCAUCAAGCACACACAGGACUCUCAUCUGUGGCGAAUCGCAAUCAGCCCGGCUUGAGCACAAAUCUACGCCCAGAUACGGCGGCUGUCUCGUCCAUUGCCGGGGACAGCUCUUCUACUGCCAAUCGUCCAACCCCAGCACUGGCGAGAACUCGUUUUUCAACAGACUUCAUCGAUUCUGAUGCUGGCACUCCACAACUCGCACCACCAGCUAGGAGCGUCCGUGUACCAACGGUUACCACAACAGCUCCGACAGUUCCCGUAUCGGUUCCGCCACUCAACAUCACUCGUCGAGCUCCUACACGUACUAGGCCUUCAAUACCCUGUACAAUCUGCCUUGACAUCCCAGAUGAGUUCCCUCGACAACGACCUACUACCCGUUGUGUACACCCGAUCAACGUCUGUGCAUCGUGCCUUGAACAGCAUAUAUCGCAUGCAGUGCUCUCACAGGGCUCCACUACUCUGACCUGCCCGGACACUUCAUGUCGACAAAACCUGGAGUACGCAGACGUAAUCCGAGCUACCAAAAGCGCAAAGACUUGUCAGGAUCGCUACGAGGCACUACUGCUACGCCGAACAUUAGAGGCAGAACCCAAUUUCGUAUGGUGCAAAAACCCGGGCUGCGAUUGGGGUCAAGUACACGAAAGCGGAGUCAACGCACCAAUUGUCAUUUGUCAAGUUUGCCGCGCUCGUUCUUGUUUCACGCAUAAUGUACCUUGGCAUACGGGCCUCACCUGUUCCCAAUAUGCAACCCAGCAUGCCAAUAGGGAGCGCGAGAACCGAGCUAGCGAAGCCUAUAUCUCUCUACAUGCUAAACAGUGUCCCAACUCUAGAUGCGGACGUCGCAUUGAAAAGAACGAUGGGUGUGAUCAUAUGACAUGUCGGCGCCCAGCCGGAUGCGGUCAUGAAUUUUGCUGGGUAUGCUUGGCAGAUUACCAGACCAUACUCAGGGAAGGAAACCAUCGGCAUGCCACAACAUGUCAACACUAUGCUCCCAUUCGACGAACGACAGUGUUUGAAGAUUAUUACCGACAAGAGCUCAACCGUCUAGCUCAUGUGCCACCCCAACCAGCCGUCCGCCCGCAAGCACAAGCAAGACAUGAGCCACCCCCGCCCCCGCAACCGAUGCAACAGACUCAGCGCGAACAAGGCCCUGGAUCGGUCUGGAGCUGGCUCGUAGGAGCAGCCGCUGCUGUGUUGAUGCUGCGUGGGUGA